UAAUAACUUGACAUAUGUGUCAGUGAGUGUCAAAACUAGUUGCUGUGCAUACAUGACUGGCAACACUAGUCACCCUUCCACCUAGGGCGUUUAUCUCUCUCUUCUCUUAACUCAUCUUCCACUUUGUUCGAUGUCCUUGACGUCCCUCUUUAGAGCACCAAACCUGGUUCACAAUGAACAGUGAUUCCUGCAACCCACCCCCGCCUUCAUACGAGCUCUCCCAGCAGGGCCAUGACCGGAAGAUCGUUGAGAAGAAACUCCAAGAGCUGCUUUUAUCCAAAAUUCCUAUUCACGCCAUUGAGGAAGAGCGCGAUGAAGACGAUAGUAAAGAUUCUAAGGAACCAGAAGAGCAGAAGCAGAAACAGCCUUCAGGAUUGUUCCAGACCUCAGUACAGCCGCUUCACAUACAGAAGCGUACACUUCGAGGACCUCGCCCCCUUCCUCCAAGCCCAGCAGAUGCGCAAUAUUCUUGCAGCAAACCAGUUGCCAUUCAGCCAAUUGGUCCUCUCAAAGAGAAACCAGAGCACGGGGAGUAUCAAGAGGUUUUCUCGCCUCCUCCACCCUUCACAGCUGUAGGUCCUUCUUUUGAGGGACCUCCGUACGAAUACUCGAUGUAUCAUGCCAGUGGCUCUGCGUCACAACCCCAACCGAGUCGUACUUCCUUUAACCCACCACCUGUUCGUCGUGGACAGCACCGUCCCUCUUCAUCAUAUUCUCCCGCUGAGCCACCACGUACAGAGACUUCCCAUCGACGCAUUUCUCAUGGCCCUUGUCUCGAGCCCUCUAACUCGAAGCAUUUAAUGCCUUCAGGAAAAAGCUCCAAUACCCGACUGAAUUUUAACCCAUCAAUUGCCUAUGCGACCUCAUCUAAUGCCAUGUAUGAUUCUUGGGGGCAUGCAUCUGACUCGACGGCAGUUAAUCCUGCUUCACUCUACUCCUCAGCGGUGUCAUCCUAUUUACAUCCAGGGUCAGCUGUCAGCCCAGCUCCGUCCCACAUGUGAGUUGUCAACCUUCGGUCAAGUCCGAAACCUACCUUAUGCAUGUGAUGUGAAAGUGGGACCAGGAACAGAUUUUCAACGCCUCCUCGGCCUUCUGCAUCUUACGAAUCGCUUACGCCUGCAAGCCGCCCAGGAUCUCCUGCUUUGCAAUUCCAUUCACCUUACGCACCUGUUUAUUCGGCUUCUCAACCGUCGCUUCCUCGGUAUGCUCAACUCAAGCCAAACCAAGGGGGUCAUGUUCGAUGGACCUCAGAAGUUGAUUUUAAAGACAAAUACCCGUGAUAUCUCAUCAUUUCCUGACUAUUCACUCAACUGUACUAAAAGGUCUCAGACGUCCCACACUCUCAUUACCCCCAUUAUGAUAUCUUACUUCGUGUACAUACGUUCCUCAGAUGUAGCACAAAUACUAUGUCUUAUUACUGCUAUGAAAUCACAACUUAAAAGUGCUCCUGCA